AUCAGGGAGAUCACUUCAGCUCAGUGUCGGAUGAAAGCAGAAGAGGAGGAAGCAAGUCUGUUGUGAGCUUUUUGUUGUUGAAAAAUAUCCUUGUCUUCUCCAUUUAACAGGACGAGGAGAGCUAGAAGGAAAAAAUGAACUCUGCGUACAGAAGACUUGAUGACAGCUCUGACUCAAACAAAGGGAGGUCGACCAGCUGUGUAGCAUUAGCUGUGGUUCUGGGCUGCCUGACUGUUCUGGGUAUUGUUCUGGCCAUUGCUGUGCUGGAAAGACCAGCAGCCACUAAAGAUCAUGAGACACUCCCUGGGGAUGCUGCUGUGGGUGGCGACUAUUCAGACCAGUGCAGCAUGACCCUAGUGGAGAGCAUCCCUCAGUAUGUGCAAUACAAAGCCAAUGAAACGUUCGGUAUCCCUCUGGAAAAAGCCUGGAAUGAUCUGAUCUCCAUUGCAACGCAUCAAGUGGAUGUGGUCUCGUUCUACUGGACCCUAACUGGGGAUGACAUCAAUGUGAACUCCUCCUCGGACAAACCUGGGAGACAAAUCCUCAAAGAUCUUGAAGAGUUGCCCUCCAGGAAUGUAUCUGUGCGACUGGUGACCAGCGUUCCAAGUGUUCCAACAAACUCCACAGAUUUUAAGAUACUAAAAGAGAAAGGAGUCCAAGUGAGGAAGGUGAACUUUGGACGUUUGACGAGGGGCGUCCUGCACAGCAAGUUUUGGAUUGUUGACAGAAAACACGUGUUUAUUGGAAGUGCAAACAUGGACUGGAGGGCUCUCACACAGGUGAAGGAACUGGGUGUAGUCAUCUACAACUGCUCCAGUUUGGCAAAGGACCUGCAUAAGAUUUUCCAGUCUUACUGGGUGAUGGGACAGUCAAACAGCUCCCUGCCACAGCCCUGGCCUGCACAGUAUGACACUCCGAUCAACAAAGAGCACCCCCUGCUGGUGAAAAGUGAUAAUGUGUCCAGCUUGCUCUACCUCGCAGCUUCCCCUCCAUUGUUCUGUCCUCCAACAAGGACUCAGGACCUGGAGGCUAUUCUCUCCAUCAUCUCAGAGGCCCAACGCUUUAUUGAUGUAGCCGUCAUGGAGUACUUCCCCACCACACGCUUUGAAAAGCCUCAGAGAUACUGGUCCUUCAUCGAUGAUGCUAUCAGGACGGCUGCAUUUGAGAGGAACAUUAAGAUCCGGAUGCUGAUCAGCUGCGGGCGAGACUCUGAUCCAGCUAUGCUGCCUUUCCUUCAGUCUCUAGCCUCGAUGGACAGCCCACACCACGACAUUAGCAUCCAGAUAAAAGUUUACAUCGUACCGGUGGGAAACCAGUCUGACAUCCCAUAUUCCAGAGUUAACCACAAUAAAUACAUGGUGACUGAUAAAGUAGCCUACAUAGGUACCUCCAACUGGUCAGGGGAUUACUUUGUGACCACAGCUGGGGUGGGUCUGGUGAUUUCCCAGCAUGCUCCCCACCCUGUGUGGAAAACCGAGGCCCUGCAGAGCCAGCUCAAAUCGGUCUUCAACAGAGACUGGCACUCUGAGUUCGCUGUGAACCUUGCUGACCUGAAAAACCAUACAGACUGUGCACUUUCAAGAUAACAGAACUCCUUAAGAAAUGUUGCACUGAUACAUAUUUUACUAUCAGGGCCUUUUUUCAAACCAUAGACAUGUUCUUUAUGCUCUAUUAAGGCCCAAGCAGCUGUACAGAUUACUAUAAUGUAAGAUUGAAUAUUGCUUUCACUGGAAGUUUUAAUGUAGUCACAUAUUGUAAAAUAUGUUCACUGUGAGAGAAGAAACAAGACAACAUACAGUGAUCUUUUACAUGACUUUGACUUCACUCAAAUCACUCAGCUGAACAGAAUUUGUAAAAUCAGAGGCCUAAGAGGUGGUUUGCACUCUUUGUGCAUGUUGUAGGGUGUUAAACACAGAAUGUAACCACACUGAGACUUUUCCUUUUUGUUUUGACUUUUGGUUUGGAACACUUUUUACAGUGUUGAGUCCAAACAGAGAGAGGUUGAAGUGUAUUAAAGACUUCUGUCACCUGUGAAGGGUUAAAUAACAUUUCAGGAGGACUUCUCAUACACCUCCUCUCUUUUUACUUAAAGGGGACUGUUAGUAAGAUAUUUCUGUUGAUGAUAUUAGAUGAUUACCAUAGUGUGUGAGAGUUCACAUCCGGUUCAACCCUCCUCGCCUCUUGAAAUUAACUUUUUCACACUGAAUAUCACACCACUGCCUUCUCUCUUUUCCUCUCCUCUCCUCUCCUCUCCUCUCCUCUCCUCUCCUCUCCUCUCCUCUCCUCUCCUCUCCUCUCCUCUCCUCUCCUCUCCUCUCUUAAGCACUAAGAUGAGAACAGAACUUAAAACCAUUACAACAGGUAGUACCCAUCAACACAUGAACUGAGAUUAUGUUUAGAUAUUGAUAUUUAUUUACAUGACUGAGUUCACAACUCUCCUCAUUCCUCUCCUCUCCUCUCUCGGGAAGAAUAUUGGAUGUCAAAAGGGAAUAACUGAAGAAACUUUGGAACAGAUGACUAAAGGUUAUCUGCAACUGACGAUAUCACUGAUUCAUGUUGACUGUAUUACAUUUAAUUGUGUUGUGUCAAAACUGAAUUCUGUAAAGCAGGGAUUACUGAGCGUAAUGAUUCUGUUGUAAAUCAUUCCUCAUAUAACGCAUAUCCAGCCUAUAACACAUUUAAAUUUGAGAGACUGUUCUACUUCUGAUCAAAAAAAACAGUCUGAGGUUAUCUCUACUCCUUGCUAUUAGUUCCACUGGCUUCACGAUUCAUUGCAGUGUUGUAUAUAAAACUGUAUAAUACUUUUAGUCUGUUCAGGACUUUUGUCGUCCAGUCAAAAGUCCUGACAGACUUCUGCUGGACCAAAAGAGAUUGUUGUUGAUUCUGUAGCCUGAUUAAAACUUAAUGCUUCACAAAGUCGUUGGUUCACUUCAUCAAAGUGUCCUGAAAUAGUGUUUCAGUAGCAUUUGUGGUAAGUAAUGGUGUCAGACAGAGGGGUUGUUCUUUUCAACUCUACUUUUCAUGCUCUGUUUGAGCAGUUGAAAGCCUGGAAUACAGGCUGUAUAAUUAGAAGAAGUCGAGUGAACCAUCCUCAUGUAUGUGGAUGAUCUGACUGCACUUUAUCCUGCAGCUCUCCAGCACCUCCUGACUGUAUAUCCGGUAUAUUGUUUUGAACCUGAUAUCGUAAUUGAUACCAUCAAGAGUGCUGUCUUUGUUUGUUGCACCUAAGAAGAUAAAAGGCUGAAAUCUCCUGACUACA